CAUGUCUCGUGGUUCUCACCGGAUAUUUUUAUUAUAUUUAUUACUUCAACGUAGGUUUACGUGAAUCAAAAACACAAGAUUUCCUGUUGCGAUAGGACGUUUUUUUAAGGGGAUUGAUGCAGUGAAAUAGGCAGAUCCAGAAGUCACAAUUCCAUUGAUGUUACUCUAACUGAGCUCUCACUUCCAUUUCGUGAACACCCUGGUUAGUGUUCUGUGAAUGAUACACACUCUUAGCCAGAAUGGCCAGUAUGGCAAAUCAAAGCAACAAGACAUCUGUCUCAGGGGAAAAUAGUGAUGUGGCUGUGGAAGAAGACAUCUCAGUCAGGGUGUUUGAUGAUGACACUUUAGCAGUACCUAACCAAUAUAAUUUUGCAGACUCUGGUUCCAUGUGUAUCAGUGUAGGGGAUGAAGAAGAAGAUCUCUUUGAUGGUAGCAUUGCCUCUCAUUUUUGUGAUGACAAGAAGGGAGUGUUUCUUCCUGGUCUUAUAGUUACAGCCAAAAUUAUUGAUGUUCAACGUGCUCCAAGAGCUCAUCCUUUUAAUCCUAACUUGUACACUAUAGAACUAAGGCACGGUGACUUCACUUGGGUCAUCAGACGUCGUUACAAGCACUUUCUAAAACUUGAUGCAGAAUUACUACUUCACAAAGUCAAUGUUCGCCGACAAAGCCUAAGAAGAGAUCUAAGAGGAGAUCACAGAAGAGAGAGUCAUGUUUAUCUGCCAAGUCGUCACUUGCCCAAGCGACCAGAUAUGUUUGCUACAACACCCAAUAUGGAAAAAAGAAUACUGUCUCUGGAGAAGUACCUUCAGAGGAUUUUGGACAGUCCAAACUAUCGUAACCACAAGGAGACUCUGAAUUUUUUAGAGGUCAGCCAUCUCUCCUUUCAUUUCGAUUUAGGAGAGAAGGGAAAGGAAGGUGUUCUCAGAAAGCGAGCUGGGGGUCAUCGAUUUCCUGCAAGCUGCUGCAGUUGUUGUGCUGGUCUUUCAUGGGGAAUUUGGGAUAAAAGGUGGCUUCUGGUGAAAGAUAGUUUUAUUGCCUAUGUCAGUCCCAAGGAUAAACAAGUAAGAGGGGUAGUGUUAAUGGACAAAGAAUUUACCUUCAAGUAUGGAAGGAAACAAACUGGUGUGCGGAAUGGCUUACUGAUCCACAACCAGGCAAGUGAGUGGAUGAAAUCGCUUGUUCAUGUUAUGGCAACGACUGGUGCUGACUGGAUAAAGGAACAUCCUCACGGCUCGUAUGCUCCUGUCAGGGAAAAUUCUUAUGCUCAGUGGUUUGUUGACGGUGAGGCAUAUUUUGAUGCUGUUGCUGAUGCUUUAGAGUCUGCAGAAGAGGAAAUCCUUAUAACAGGCUGGUGGGUCAGCCCAGAAAUAUACCUCCGUCGGCCAGUCACUGCCGGCCAUGAAUGGCGACUGGACAUUACGCUAAAGAGAAAAGCGGAGAGUGGCGUGAAAGUUUAUGUUUUAAUCUACAAAGAAGUUGAGCUGGCUCUAACGCUGAACAGUGCGUACACUAAAACUACUCUUAUGGCUUUACACCCAAACAUCAAGGUGCUGCGGCACCCAGACCACCUCCCUGGGAAAGGUGUAAUCUACUGGGCUCACCAUGAAAAAUUGGUGGCUAUUGACCAGAAGGUGGCCUUUAUUGGAGGUCUCGACCUUUGUUUUGGUCGCUGGGACAAUCAUUUGCACCGUCUGACCGACUUUGGAUCUGCGGUUCGGCCUCCAACAAUAAACAAAACGGAACAAGAGAUCAGAAAAAUUGGCGCUCUGAUUGUAGAAGGAACAAUGGAGGGGUUUGACGUGCCGAGAUGUUCUGACUUCACCGACAAAGUCACAGUGGAGGUAGAACCCGGAACAUCAGGAGGAAACAAACUUUGGCUGGGAAAUGAUUACUCGAAUCCAAUCACCAGAGAUUUUUUUGACGUCCACAGACCAUAUGACGAUUCCGUUGACAGAGGCCGUGUUCCUCGGAUGCCCUGGCAUGAUGUGGGCAUGCGCGUGUUUGGUGUUCCCGCAAGAGACAUCGCUCGGCAUUUUAUUCUGAGAUGGAAUGUUACCAAGCUCGAAAAGGUUAAAAUGUAUCAUGACAUUCCUUACCUUCUCCCAAAGUCGUACACCAAACUUGCUAAUGAAAAGCCAGCGGCAUUAGAAGACUAUAACGUGGUGGAUUGCCAAAUACUCCGUUCCCUCUGUUCGUGGUCAGGUGGUGUUCCUCCAGAAAACUCUAUUCAUGAGGCAUACAUAAAGGCUAUCGAAGCAUCUCAACAUUUCGUUUACAUCGAGAACCAAUUCUUUAUCACUUCUCUUUUCAUCGACAAUGUCAAGAAUGAGAUUGGACAGAACCUUUUGUGGAGAAUAGAGAGAGCACACAGAGAGGGUGAAAAUUUCAAAGUUAUAGUCGUUAUGCCACUCCUACCAGCCUUUGAAGGGGAGAUUGGUACACCCACUGGUCGAUCGAUUGGCGCCAUUACUCACUGGAACUACAGGUCAAUUUGUCGUGGAUCGCAUUCUCUCUUGCAAAGAUUAACAGAGCUUGUCGGUGAUCCUUCCAAAUUCAUAUCAUUUUAUGGUCUGAGAACUCACUCAGAAAUGCAUGGAAAACCCGUUACACAGCUCCUGUAUGUGCAUAGCAAGAUGAUGAUUGUGGAUGACAGCACAGUGAUUAUUGGCUCAGCAAACAUCAAUGACCGCAGCAUGCUGGGAAAGAGAGAUUCAGAAAUAGCCUCUAUCAUAAUGGACAAGGAGUUUGUUACGUCCGUGAUGGAUGGCAAGGAAUACCUAGCUGGCAAGUUUGCGUUCAACUUGAGAUCGAGACUCUUCAGGGAACAUCUGGGUUUAUUAGAUUCUCCCGGCUCAGAUGUAGACAUCAGGGAUGUUGUUUCAGAAAGCUUCUAUGAGGAUGUGUGGAUGGCUACGGCGAAAAAAAACACUGAAAUUUACGAGGAGGUGUUUCACUGCAUACCAACAGACCAAGUUCGUUCAUUAAGCGACAUGGCUGCAUAUAAGAGUCUUAAAAGCCUUGACAGAGAAGACCCUGGAGAGGCACGUGCUCGCUUACGUGGCGUCAAAGGGUACCUCGUUCAGUUACCCCUCCAAUUUUUAGAAAAAGAAGACCUUAGACCGCCCGUUGGUAGUUCGGAGUUCUUUGUGUCAGAUGGAGUUUUUACGUGAAUAGAUGCAAUAUAGGAUAGCCGGUUUGAUAAGUUCCUUAGCGAUAAAAAUUUGAAUUGAUAUUAUAACUUGUGAUUGGCGUGGCAAUCGGAACUGAAAGAAACUGAGCCGUUCAGCCAUUUCAUACUGCUAAGCAUAUCUUUAUUCGUCUCACAGUAAACAAAAGUAAGUGCAUGUUGUUUGUGGGUUGGUCUUGCGACCACUUAUGAGGAAAAUAAUUUAUACUCGCAAGAGUCGAGUUUGACGAUGAAGGCAGUUAGUAGAGCAAAGGAUUUUAGUUGGUUCUGCACAGAGGUAUUUUUAGUGUGAUGAGGGGAGGGGAGACAUUUGUCGUGCAUAUGAUAGGAAUUCAGUUUUAGGGAGCAAAACUAUCUUCAGAGUUCCACUGUGCAUGCCCCACACGAUGAAGCUCAAAAUCUCGACCCCAGAUCUGCGCUUCUUGUGGCUCUCGGGGACAAGCCGAGACCACUUUAGUCGUGUACAAGAGAGAGAGAGAGAUACAUGGGGUCGAGAUAAAAAAUUAUCGAUGAUGUUACUAAAUUUUAUAACGAGGAGCAUUUGGUGAUUACCUACUCCCGGUUUUUAAGUCGGAUCAUUAAAUUAUUUUAUUAAUACUAUAUCGAAUUUAAAGGUUAAUUAUUAGAUUGGUUUUCUUGACAAUUAUUAAUCGAGGGAGAUAUUAUUUUAUAGUAGGUAAAAGGUAACUUUAUAGUCACACAAAUAAUUUAUUCUAUUUUAACAUGUCUUAAUGUUUCGGAUGGAAACAAGGUACUGAGUCGAUCGUUUUUUAAGGUACAUUUUAAAGAAAAACGCUCAGUUUAUCUGAUUAUUUAUGCAUUGUAAAUGGCUCAACGACGCUUUUGGAGAGGAAAUAUAUUUUGGAAAGCUUA